AUUCAAAAAUGUUAUAUGCACUUCCUAGACUUUCUCAAUGCCUUGGCCUAUGUAAAAACAUAAUAUCUAAUAACACUUAUAGUUAUAAAAUAGUUAAUAGUGCUAAUUAUAGUUUAGUUAGCUCUUCAAAUGCUGAACAUGUAGUAAAAGGGGCUCCUCUCCCUGAAAUCAAAGUCCCCAUUAUUUGGAUCCUGGGAGGACCUGGCUGUGGCAAAGGAACCCAAUGUGAUAAAAUUGUAGCUAAAUAUGGAUUCACCCACUUGUCAUCGGGAGAUUUGCUCAGAAACGAGGUUCAAAGCGGUUCCUCGAGAGGCAAGGAACUUACCGCCAUCAUGGAACGUGGAGAACUAGUACCACUCGAUGUGGUCUUGGACCUGAUCAAAGAAGCCAUCCUGAAGAGCCUGCCCAAUUCCAAAGGGUUCCUGAUCGACGGCUACCCGAGGGAAAAGGAACAAGGCGUCCUGUUCGAGCAAUACAUCGCACCGGCCAAUCUCGUGCUGUUCUUCGACGCUUCCGACGACGUGCUCAUGGAAAGGCUUUUGGGCAGAGCGAAAACCUCAGGAAGGGUCGAUGAUAACGAGGAGACGAUAAAGAAGAGGUUGAACACUUUCCACACACACAACGACCAAAUAGUAGCGGCCUACGCUGCCAAACUCAAACAGAUUAACGCUGUAAGAUCUCCAGAUGAAAUUUUCACCGAAGUUGUUUCCUACAUCGAUGCUAUUAUGAAGUAAUUUUUACAAUUUUUUCGUUACACCAAAGAUGCACAUAGCUUAUGUUCUUAUAAAUUAAGAAUUUAAAUAGUCAAUUUUAAGCAAUACCAUAUAAGGUACCUACUACGGUUGUUGGGUACCUACUUAUUUAUCGGUCUAAUGUUACACUUUUGUGAGUCACUUUCUUCAAAGUACAAACUUGUUAGAUAUUUAUUAAAAAAAUAUAAAUUUCACAA